GCUCAGUUAAAGACGUGACGCAGAACAUUCGGCAAAAUUUGUACGAGGGCGAUGUUACUGUCUCCCCUGAUUUCUCUCUCGAAGCCCCAGGUGCCAGGAGUAUUCAGAAGCCUGUUCGGAGCUCAUGGACGCUCAAUUACUUGGGUAGCUGAAGUUCAUCAUCAUCUGGGAGUUUCAUCCAAUAGAAACUCACUUUAUGGGUUUAGAACAUUUUGCACUGGAGAAGAUCUGUCAACCAAGAAGUGUGUGCCAUGCAACUCAAGGGAUAUGCGGCCAAUGACUGAAGGAAGUGCAAAUGAACUAAUAUCAAAGGUUGCUGGGUGGAAUCUGGUUAGUGAUGGUGGUACGUUAAAGCUCCAUCGAACAUGGAAAGUUAAGAGCUUCACCAAAGGGUUGGAUUUUUUUAAACUUGUAGCAGAUGUUGCUGAAGAUACACUGGGAAAAAGUAUUCUCUCAAAAGGAAUGGAUGAUUAG